UGGCAUUUAUAUUCAUAUUCUAUUUGCUAAUUUGUCAGUUAAAUUAAAGGUGUAAAGCUACUAUGGGACUGUUGAAAAGGGCGUGCGCAUCAGUUGUACUGGUUCUUUGUAUUUCAGUUGUCAAUGGUUACAAUAGCAACAAUAAUGGUCUUGGAUAUUUCCCAAAUUUCCUUCCAUCACCUUCUGUCAGCAAACAGUCAUUUAGCCCGUAUGUUUAUCCGAACACCGUUCCAGUUUCCAGCUACAUCAACCCGGUUCAGCCACUAAGGGUGCCAGCUUAUUCUAGCAUCGCUCCUGUUAAUAGAAUAAUGUAUCCAGCACUUAUGCCACAUGGGGUUCCUUUAUUUGGAACACUUCCGCCACAUACGGGACAUUCUUUUCACAAAAAUGUUUAUAAUCACAAAGACGUUGUGACAAAGUCAGUUUUAUACUCCGUUUUAUUGUCACAGAUCUUAAGGAAGAUAUGAUCGGCUUAAAAACCGGCCUCGUUUUCUCACUAUUUAUUGCUUCAUUUUGCUUAUUUUGUUGAUCAUUUUGUAUUAAGGAUUUCAUAUACGCCAACAUGAAUAUGUUAUGGUUAUGCUUUAAGAAUAAAGUUAAAUUAUUAAUUGUUGUUUUCUUUUGUUUUGUAAUGACAUUUUGUAUCAUGAUUUAAAAUGAAAACAUUAAAAGGAUUCAUCUGACGUCCAAAAGCCUAAAAACUUAAAAUUAUUUUUUCUAAAUUACGAAAACAUGAAUUUCUUACAUAGAUAGCUGCUAGGGCACUAAUAAUAAAAAGAUUUGCGAAAUAUAAUUAAAAAAUAUACAUAAUACGCGUGUCUUUGUUAAUUUUGUCAAACUUAUUAAUAUUUUGGUCAGUAAUUAAAAAAA